CACCGAAAGUAUAUGUGUUAAGUAGAAAGUUUUUAUUAUAUUUGUCCUGGAGCAAACCGUUUAGGGAAAAGAAUCCUCAUGAUGAUCUUGAAUCAUUGAUCCACUUCCUUCCUUUUCGUCUUCAUUACAUACUCCCCAUCUCUAACCUCCCAACACAUUUACCUUUCCCCCCUCAAUCUCUCCACUAAUUAUCCUAUCAAAUAAAUAUAUAUGUAUACCAUCUGAUAUCUCUUCCCUCAAUCACCGGAUCAGUUAUGGCCUCCGAUGUGCCAGAAUCCUCCAAACGCCAAGCCUGGUUUUGUACCACCGGACUACCCAGCGACGUCGUUGUAGACGUCGGGGAUAUGACCUUCCAUCUCCACAAGUUUCCGUUAAUGGCGAAAAGUAAAAAGCUACACGAGAUGAUUACCGAGCAAGAAAAGAAUCACACUGCUGAAACUGUAUCUGAAAAUUCAAACAACGAAGAGAUACGAGAAGAAACAGAUACGGAGCAUGCUCACAUCACGCUACCGGAUUUUCCAGGAGGAUCGGAAGCGUUUGAGGCUGCUGUUAAAUACUGUUACGCCGUUAAAAUCGAGCUCACGCCGUUAAACGUCGCUCCACUCCGGUGUGCCGGAGAAGUGUUGGAGAUGACGGAAGAAUACAGUGAGGAUAAUCUCGUUUCCAAAACCGAACGGUUUUUAUCGCAAACAGUGUUUAAAAGUUUGAAAAAUUCGAUCAAAAUGUUGAAGUCAUGUGAAGAUCUGUUACCUUUGGUGGAUUCGCUUGGCAUUGUGCAAAGGUGCAUCGAUUCGAUCGUUUCCAAAGCUUCGUCUUCGGAUCCAUCGCUGUUCGGUUGGCCGGUUCAUGAUGCUAUUAGUUUCGAUGGUGCUGCAUCCUCACGCGAAACUAGUUCCAGAAGAAAUGGAACUGGUGGAGAUAAGUGGUUCGAUGAACUUAAAAACCUCAGUCCUGAAUUAUUCAAGCGGUUAAUAGUCGCUAUCAAAUCUCGAGAUCUGAAUCCUGAAAUCGUUGAGAAUUGUCUCAUUUCCUAUGCGAAAACACGCAUUCCUGGCGUGAAUCGUGCUGGUAGGAGGUCUUCGUCUUCGUCUAUACCUUCAGAGGUUGAACAAAAGGAGCUGCUGGAAACUAUCGUUACGAAUCUUCCAGAAGAAAACGGUUUAAGAUCUUCUCAAGCGGUUACCAUAUUUUUCGGAAUGUUGAGAGCUGCAAACAUUCUAAACGCUUCCGAUGCUUGUCGAGCAACUUUAGAGAAGAAAAUCGGAUUACAACUCGAACAAUCGACACUGGAUGAUCUUCUAAUUCCUAGUUAUUCUUACUUGAAGGAGACGUUAUAUGAUGUCGAUUGUGUCCAAAGGAUUCUAGCUCACUUUCUACAUAGGGUAGAACAGAUGACAACAACCGCAGAUGUUGAUGUGAUUGAUGAUGAAGACGCUGGUGACGAACAGAAUCGUAACAGAUUUGUGGAAUUAAUGCUUGUAGGAAAGUUAAUCGAUGGUUACUUGUCGGAAAUUGCUUCGGAUACUAAUCUGAAGCCGGAGAAGUUUUUGGAGCUUGCGUUUGCGUUACCCGAACAGGCAAGGGUAUAUGAUGACGGACUUUACAGAGCUGUAGACGUUUACCUCAAGGCGCAUCCAUGGUUAAAGGAAGCUGACCGGGAGAAAAUUUGCGGAGUAAUGGAUUGCCGGAAGCUGACGUUAGAAGCGUGUACACACGCAGCACAAAACGAACGGCUUCCACUGCGAGCUGUGGUGCAGGUGCUGUUUUUCGAGCAGUUGCAGCUCCGUCAGGCGAUCGCAGGAACACUGAUGUCAGUCGACACAGGUCAGACAGAUAUGCAGACAGUACCUGUGGAACAACAAGACGAAUCGGUUGUUGAAGGUGAGGUGGUAAGACACUUGGGAAGCACAUGGACCGCGGCGGUGAGAGAGAAUCAGGUGCUACGCCUAGAUAUGGAUAGCAUGAGGACUCGGGUGCACCACUUGGAGCGCGAGUGUUCAACAAUGAGAAAAGCGAUUGCGAAGAUAGACAAAGUAGACCCUGUUGUAACAAAUGGUCGAAGAGGCUCGAUCUGGAAGAAUUUCGGGUGCAAGUUUAAGACCCAAGUGUGCGACUCGCAGGAGCCCACGCUUGUGCAGGCUCGAAAGACUCGAACCCAUAAGCACCUUAAACAACAGUAGCUGAACCGAGUUGUUGAUCCACAAUAAUUUUUAUAAAAGUAACGUAGUGGGUAAUUCUUUUUUCCCAAUGUUAUUAAUUAUUUAAGUAAAAUAUGUAGUUAUUUUAUAUGUAUAAUUUCAGAGUUUUUAUUGUGAACACAGCUUUUGAGAGAUAGUGGAAACUGAAGUUGUGGAAGCAGUGCUACUAUUCUUUGUUUGUUUGGUUGUGACCAAAUCAAAUCUGUCUUGUAAAGAAGAUUUAUUUGGUCUGGUGGAAUAAAUAUAUUUUCUAUCUUUUUUUUUAUUUUUUAUACAUGAUGGUAUUAAAAUAAUGUAAGGUUUAUGAUUAUUUACAUGUGGAUCGACGUGUCUUUUGUAAACAAUGUGCAUAUCAUUUACAUUCA